AUGGCGGUAAAGAGUAUUUUUUGCAAUUUAGAAGCAUGUGUAAGUAAGGACGAAAAGUACGCCUGCUUGAACCCAAAUUGCAAGAGCGUGUUUAACGACAAGAGCAAUCGCAAUAGACACUUUAAGCACCAGUGCGGUAAGCCUCCGAGGUACAAGUGCGGUUAUUGCGACCAGCAGUCCCACUUCAAGACCAACAUUAAAGAACACUGCAAGCGGAGGCACCCAAACUUCGAUAUCACAUUCUCAAGCCUGUGGCUUGCCGGAAAUUUGAUGGAGUCGAGCAUCCAGAUCGGACCUCCGCAGUACGCCUGUCCGAACCCGAAUUGCAACAGAGUUUUUAGCAAAAAGUACAAUCGCAAUGCUCACGUUAAUCUCUACUGCGGAAAACCUCCGAGGUUCAAGUGUCCUCACUGCGAUUACAAGUCCUUGCUCAAGAGAAAUAUUAAAGAUCACGCUUUUAGAAUGCACUCUGAUAUCGAUGCUAAAGUUAUAGAGCUUUACAAUCCGGCUGAGAAAUUAACCACCAUGGUAACGAUCUUCAACGACAUCCCAGGCCACGAAGAAAUUUUCCCAGUCUUAGAGGACAAAAAUUUGAACAAGCUGACGAUAAAAAACAUAAAAUACGCGUGUUAUAAUCCAAAAUGCAGCUUGACGUUCAGUCGCGAGAGCUCACGUGAUAAACACUAUUUUGAUUGUUUGGAAAAGGAUUUACAGCCUGAAGAAGAAACUCUUGACCAAAGCGCGGAAUUUAGUGACGAAUCUAAAGAGAAUAAGGAAGAAAUUCCCUUAAAAAAUUUUACGGAGCCCGUUAAACCAAAGAAGACAUCCAAAAAGAUUGUGGAUAGUUCUAAAACUGCCAAAAACCGCUUCUCUUGCGCUACUUGUUCACGGUCUUAUUCUGUUAAAUCUACUUUACUUCGACAUAUUAACGAGUGUGGCAAAGAGAAGAAAUAUAAAUUAACCACCAUGGUAGCGAUAUUCAACAACUUCCCAGGCCAUAAAGUAACCUUCCCAAUCAAAGAUGAAGAUGAUUUGAACCAACUGAUGAUAAAAAACAUAAAAUACGCGUGUUAUAAUCCAAAAUGCAACUUGAAGUUCAAAAGCGAGCGCCAUCGUGAUAAACACUCCUUUGAUUGUUUGAAAAAUAAUUUACAGUCUGGAGAAAUAACUCAUGACCAAAAUGUGAAAUUUAGCGAUGAAUCUAAAGAUAAUAAGGAGAAAAUCUUCUCAAACAAUUCUGUGAAGCCCGUUAAGCCAAAGAAGACAUCUAAAAAAAUUAUGCAUCUUUAUAAAAUUGUCGACGGUCGCUUCUCUUGCUGUAAAUGCUCGCGGUCCUAUAAAUAUAGACAAGAAUUCACCACCAUGGUAACGAUCUUCAAUGAGUUCCCAAGCCCCGAAGAAAUCUUCCCAGUCAAAGAAGACGAUGAUUUGAACAAACUGUUGAUAAAAAACAUAAAAUACGCGUGUAAUAAUCUAAAAUGCAACUUGACGUUCAAUAGCGAGCGCCAACGUGAUAAACACUCUUUUAAUUGUUUGAAAAAUAAUUUACAGCCUGAAGAAAUAACUUUUGACCAAAAUGCGAAAUUAAGAGACGGAUCUAAAGAAAAUAAAAAGAAAAUUUCCUUAAAAAAUUCUAUAAAGCCCGUUAAGCGAAGGAAGACAUCAAAAAGAAUUUUGCUUCGUUAUAAAAUUGUCAACGAUCGCUACUCUUGCUGCAAAUGCUCGCGGUCCUAUAAAUAUAAACAAGGUUUAAGUCUACAUAUGAGGUUCGAGUGUGGCAAAGAGAAGAAAUGUAUUUGCCCGAUUUGUAAAAAUUGGAGAACUUAUCACAAACAUAAUCUUAGACACCAUAUGAAAUUAACCACCAUGGAAAUGAGCUUCGUCUUCCCAGGCUACGAAAAAACCUUCACAGUUAAAGAAGAAGAUGAUUUGGACGAACUGAAGAUAAAAAACAUAAAAUACGCGUGUUAUAAUCCAAAAUGCAACUUGACGUUCAAAAGCGAGCACCAACGUGAUGAACACUCCUUUGAUUGUUUAAAAAAUAAUUUACAGUCUGAAGAAAUAUUUCUUGACCAAAGUGCGAAAUUUAGAGAUAAAUCUAAAGAUAAUAAGGAGAAAAUUUCCUCAAAAAAUCAUGUAAAGCCCGUUGAGCGAAUGAAGACAUCUAAAAAGAAUGUAGAUCUUUGUAAUACUGUCAAACGUCGCUUCUCUUGCCCUACUUGCUCACGGUCUUAUAAAUAUAGACCAGGUCUAAGUGCACAUAUUAACUACGAGUGUGGCAAAGAGAAGAAAUUUAUUUGCCCGAUUUGUGGAAAUUUUAGGGCUUAUCACAAACAAAAUCUUAAAAGCCAUUUAAAAAAAGUUCACGGCAAAGAAUGA